AUGGAGGAAUGGUGUCAACAACAAGAAAACCGUGAGAAUGAGUUCCGGGUUGGUGGUAGAGUACUUUUGGCAACCGGAAAACUUUGGAUUCAUCCGCCGUAUGGGACGCUCAAAUGCAAUAUUCAUUCAUCUUGGAUAAAUGAAUCUUCUUUUAGUGGUGGAGCUUGGGUCUUGCGUAAUCAUGAAGGAGAUGUUAUGCUUCAUGCGAGAGAUGCUUUUCGGCCUUGUUAUAAUCGUAUUGCAUCGGAGCUGAAAUGUGUUCUAUGGAGCUUAUCUAGUUUACAUGAUCUUCAUUAUGACAUUUGUGAAGUUUGGUUGGACUGUAAGGCAGCUUGGGAAGCUAUCACAAAUCCAGUUUCUUGGCCUAAAUAUCGUGCAUCGUUAUCUAAGAUCGGGCAAGUAAUACGGGUGAUGCGGAAGGUUUCUUUUCACCUUUCUUCACCGAAAGCUAAUUUAUUGGCUAGGGAAAUUGCUUGCAGCGGUGCACGGGAUGGUCGACUAACUUCGUAUCUAGCACUUGGUGGUCCGUCUUGGCUUCAUGACCGGAUUGAAAGGGACAAACGUCGUGGAGUUUAA